AUGACCACGGUUUCGACCGACGCCGACGAAACCGAUACUAGGAGGAAUGCUGUUGUGAACGGCAACAGCAACAGCAAUAGCAACCGCAAUAUCAAAAGUCCGCUCAACUCACCGCGAUUGUCGGAGGGAGCUUUUGGGGGAGGACAGCGAAAUGCGCCUAAUGGAGCUUACAACUCUGUAAGCGCCGAUAGAACCCACAACGAUGAUCGCGGAGGUGGCAACAAUGACAACGAGAAACGUGCCGAUAACGCGCAGUCGGAUGCGCCCUCAUCGGCGACCAGAACUCACACCACGUCCGAAGAGCUUGAACCCUCAGAAACCAUCGCAAUUGACCCCUUGUCGCAGCAUAUCCUAAAACGGACGCAAACAGAAAAGUCCCUUCCCUACAAGCUGAAAUCGCAGACCUCUUACGGACAGGAUUCGAGCGGAGACGGAAACAAGCCUAGUCCAACGGACACGAUUGGCAAUCGCAGCGAAACGUUUCCUAUAGGUCCUAAGACCAAGGAGAAAAAAAAAGGCGUAUCUUUCCUCAGUCGCUUUAUAGGCACAAAGAAAACCCAGCCCGCCGCCGAGACGGACGACUCCAAUGCUUCGACGUCCCAAGCAGAAGGUGCUAAUGGCAGGAACGAUGUAUUCGAGCACCCGGUUGGCUUUAUUCCACGAUUUCCACCUCCUCCGAAGUACAUCAAAGUGAAGGCGCAUUAUAAGAGACAGAAAUCAUUCGACCACGUAUUCCUAGCCCAGGAACUCUAUGGUGAGGCUGGUGAGCCUAAUCGGGAUGACAAGUCAAACAAUGCAACCAAGAACAAAGCUAUCUGGGCAAUGGUAUUUUCUAAGGAUGGCAAAUACCUUGCUGCGGCCGGCCAAGACAAGGUUGUUCGUGUGUGGGCAGUCAUCACAAACGCAGAGGAUCGCGAGGCCCAUGAACAGGAGGAAGAUGAAAUAAAAGGUGGCGAGGGUAUGCGCUUGACUGCGCCGGUUUUCAAGACAAAACCAAUCCGCGAGUAUCACGGACAUACGGGCAGUGUACUGGAUCUUAGUUGGAGCAAGAACAACUUUCUCCUUUCUUCAUCCAUGGAUCGCACUGUUCGACUGUGGCAUGUGAGUCGAGCGGAAUGUCUUUGUUGUUUCCAACACAGCGAUUUCGUGACUUCAAUCCAGUUCCACCCGCGCGAUGACCGAUUCUUCCUUGCUGGCUCAUUAGAUUCGAAACUGCGACUUUGGAGUAUUCCGGAUAAAAGCGUGGCAUUUUGGGCGACAGUUCGCGAUAUGAUUACAUCGGUCGCUUUCACCCCCGACGGGAAAUACUCAAUUGCUGGCUGCCUCAAUGGGCUAUGUAUUGUUUAUGAGACUGACGGACUGAAAGCCAAUGCGCAGGUACAUGUGCGUUCAGCUCGGGGGCGCAAUGCCAAGGGUAGUAAGAUUACUGGCAUCGACACGAUGGCGUUCCCUUCCAAUGAUCCAAAUGGAGACAUCAAGUUGCUAAUCACCAGCAACGACUCUCGAAUCCGGCUGUACAAUUUCAAGGACCGUAAUCUCGAAGCAAAAUAUCGAGGAAACGAAAAUUCUACAAGCCAGAUUCGAGCAUCGUUCAGUGAGGACGGCAAAUACAUCAUAUGCGGCAGCGAAGAUGGACAUAUCUAUAUCUGGCCCACUGCGUCUGCCGAAAAGGACUCGGAAAAGCGCGCGCUGGAGGAAUUAGAAAUGCGAACGGAUAUCGUUACGUGUGCUAUUAUGGCGCCAAUUUCUACGAAACAAUUACUAGGUUUUUCCGGUGACCCUUUGUACGAUCUGUGCAACCCACCACCAGUCACCCUUGUCGGUAAAGUGGACUCAGCUCGAUCAUCUAAACAAAGCGAUGAUCAAGUCGAACAAAACCGCGUCAAAGAUCCAGAUUCCACACCGACAACAACAACAACAACAAAGCCGAACGGGUCGCCGGCAUACCUUGCUCGAUCCACUCAUCCCGAUGGCAAUAUCAUCUUGGGUGCAGAUUGCUGGGGGCGGAUCAAGGUGUACCGGCAGGACUGUGCUUACAACAAGCGACCUAACGAUUGGGAUGCGAUGUCAACCUUCUCAAAGAAGCUUCUCGGACGAUCAAAUUCAGCCCGUCACAGUGUUGCGUCGUCUAUUGGGCGCGAGUCCAAGACAUCAUCUGAGCGAAUACUGGCAUGGAGGAGUUCGGUGACCGGCACUGAACUCGCUAGUAUUGAUUCUCUAUCGAACGGUAGUAGGAACCGUACUCCAUCUCCGCGCAAGUCUGCGUUGAGGAGACUUUCGCGGUACUCCAGUCCUGUGAAUAGCCCUGAAGCCAAAACGGAGUCGAGCUAUGCAACUCCCAUGACACCUUCAGUAGUUGACCACGAAUCUGAGGCGGCUGAUAAACAAAAGGACGGCGAAAUCAGCAAUUCUCAGGAGACUAAACCCAAUUCGGCUUCGGAUUCUGGAUGUCGGUCUAGCUAUGCGUCGGAAGAAUCAGAAGUGACCGACAAAGAAGGCUAUGACGCAACAACGGAAUUGCCGGAAAUCCCUACCUUCAAUGAAAACAGUCAAAGCAAUGCGUUUUGGACACGGAGUGCCGACCUUGUGCGUACCGUUAGAUCACAACGACUAUUGACUCCAACCUACGAACCUCCGCCCGAUGGAGCUGAAGCGAUGCGUCGAAAAUCUAGCGCCCCGAGUGCUUUGAGCAGCGACAUGAGCUCUCCUUACAACAGUCCUUGCGACGUGACGCCUAAUAAUGAACUCGAUGAAAGUGAAACUUUGCGGUGUCCGCGAUGUCUUGGAAGGAAUUUCCGAGCGACGAAGACCAAAGAUGGUCGGCAAAAGCUGGUUUGUGUUAAAUGCAAUACUACCUUGGGGUAA